UUGUUCGCUAAAAUUAAAAAAAAAAUUGAAAGAAGAAAAUCGAUUAUCUAUUAUUGCGAUUUAAGUACCAGAAAAAGUACCAGAUGUGCUGUGAAUAUCAAUCUAAAGAUUAUGGAUAAGCUGAUUAAUUGGACCCAUGGUAUGAAUGUAUCAUCAUCUACGCCAAUACCUGGGCAAAAUUGUGUCUUACAUUUGUCAACACCUUCAAUUUUAGACAAAUUAUUAAUCAACACCCCAUCAUUGGUAUCAAUAAAUCAAGAUCUAACAUGGAUUUUUCUUUUACAUAUGUAUGGUUUUGCCUGCCUCUUCUUUAUACUUGCAUUUUACACAUUUUUAUCUAUUCUACACUUAAGAUCUCUUAUAUCAAGUCGGCCUUUUAUGUCUACAAUUAAUAUGUUUUUAUGUAUACUUGGAGCAUCAAGAGCGGCAUGUCUCUUUAUAGAUCCUUAUAAUCUUAAAGAUAUUAUGCCCAAAAUUAUUAGAUCCAUAAUGUGGGAUAUUGGUUUUCCUUGUGUAACAUCUGCUUUUAGCCUUGUACAAUUAGCAUUUUUGCAGUUAACUCAGCUCAAAUUUGGACCAGAAAAAAUUCAAAAAGAAUCUUGUCUCAGUUUAAUUAUAACAGGACACUUUCUUUUUGUAAUUGCUAGUGAUAUUGCUCUUACCUCUCAUAACUGUUAUAUGGUAAAAUAUGUGGUUCAAACAGUGUUCCUUAUCUGGAGUAUUCUUUUAUAUAUAACAUUCUUACAUGCAGGAUAUAAGAUAAAUCAUUUAUUAAAAACUGUGCCAAGUAGUAUGUUAAUGAGAGACAGUUCUAAUACACCUCAGAAAGGUAUUAUGCAACUGGCCAUGUUAGCUCCAUAUAAUAACUUAGCAUCAUCUGUCGCUGCUGCCUUAGUACCAACUUUGCUCAAUCCUAAAAUUAAAGAUGCAGAUAUAACAGAACCUACAAUUUUUGGAAAUGAUUCAGACAAAAAUCCUAAAGAUCGACUUAUGAAAAUAUGUGAAAAGGAAGAACAAAGUCAAAAAGAAUGUGACAAAUCACCUUGUAAAAGUAUGUCAUCUCAAGAAGAGAAAACAAUUCCUGUCUCGACAGUACCAGAAGUAUAUGUUAGACCUCCGACUCCAACACCAUCAACAACUAACGUACCUAUAAUAACAGUAUCCGGUCCAUGUCGUAGAAGUUCGGUAGCUAGUAGACGAGACAGUGAUGCAUCUAGAUCUUCUCGUAGAAAUUCAGAGUGUAGUGUUAAAUUUAUGAACGAAGAUGAUGGUUUCACGUCGGAAUGUCGACGAAAUUCUGAUUUUAGCCCUAAACAUUCACCUGAGAUCGAUAGAAGACGAUCUCCGGAUAGAAUGUCCCGAAGGUAUUCUGAAAAUGUAACACCUUUAGGAAGUGUUAGAGAUUUAAGACGAUGUUCUGAUUUUUCACACGAAAAAAACAGAAGUUCUCAAUUUGCUGCUAAAUUAAAAAGAAAUAGUGAUUUUGGAAAUCGAACACCUAGACGAAUGUUACCUCCAACUGACCAUCAUAAAUUACCAAAAGUCGUGGACCUAAGUCCUACAGGUUCAAGACGUAAUUCGGAUGUUAGCGGAUUUAUUUCUAGAAGUGAACUACGUAGAAAUUCAGAUAUUUCUUUUCGACGUAAUUCGGAACUUGUUCAAGUUAAACCAUUGGAUCUAAAUCGCCGAAGUAGUGAUAUUAGUAUUAGAAGCUUGAGUAGAAGUCCAACUCACAGUCGUAGUAUAGUUCCUGACAAAAUAGAAAUACAAGAAAAAUCUGAAUCUGAUUCAGAUCAACCCGACUGUAGUGAAAAGGCAGCUCUAAUGACAGAAAAAAAUAAGGAUAAAGAUGAUGAUGGAAAAUCACGAAAGAAAAAUUUAUCUUGGAAAAACGAAAAAGAGAAAGAAGAUAUUGAAGAUAUUACUGUCGAGACUAAUUUACUUCCUGAAAACACUAAGGCUGACGGAAAAGUUGGGAGUAAUGAUUUUACGCUUCAUUCAAUACUAAACCACAUCGCUUACGUAAAUAGAACUAAAUCGGAUACUCCAUUACAUAUGUUGGAAGCAAAUACAGCGGCAGUUAGAAGAUCGCAAAUUCGAAAAGUAUUAAACAUAACAUUUGCAACCGCAAUUUUAGGAAUCAUUUUAUACAUUGCAGAUGUAGCACGACUAUAUGGACUUUUAGCUGAGAUUGUGAAAUAUGGUUCACAACCAACUAUUACACAAUAUCCAAAACCAUGGCCAUGGUUUAUAUAUCAAACUUUGUGUAGAAGUUUAGAACUAGUUAUGGGUUGGGCAAUGGCAAGUAUUACCAAGCAACCAUCAGUAAGUCCACGACACCAAUACCUAAGUGGUUAUCCUAAUUAUAACGUACAUGUGAAAAGAGGUAAUAACCCUUAUAUAUGA